AUACUGAAGAACAAACAGAGUUGAUUGAAGAAACCAAGGAGAAUGAAGAAUUUAGUGAAGUUGAGGAGAAACCUGAAGAAAAAACUUUGAAUUGCUCUCAAACCAAGCAGAAAGAUAUAAAGAAAAGAAGAGCCAAGAAAUCUUUCAUCUGCACUCAGUGUGGAAAGAGUUUCACAAGCAAAAAUAAAUUUGAUGUUCACAUGAGAGUUCAUACUGAAGAGAAACCGUACACUUGUGAUCAGUGUGGGAAGAGCUUCACUCAGUCAUCAAGCCUUAAGAUACACAUAAACAUCCACACUGGAGAGAAACCUCACAAGUGUUCACACUGUGACAAGAGAUUCAGUCGAGCUUCAGACCUGAGGAAACACCUGAGAGUUCAUACAAAGGAGAAGCCACAUUCAUGUCAUUUGUGUGGAAAGAGAUUUUCAUGUUUAGAAAAUGCAAAAAAACAUCAGAAAAUACAUACUGGUGCGAGAGAUCAUGUGUGCUUUGAGUGUGGGAGGACUUUUUCUACAGCUGAACAUUUAAAACAGCACCAGAGGAUUCACACUGGAGAAAAACCUUAUAAGUGUUCACACUGUGACAAGAGAUUCAGUCAGUCAACAACUCUGAAAAAACACGAGAGGAUCCACACUGGAGAGAAACCGUAUCACUGCACUGCAUGUGGGAAGCGUUUCAAUUGUUCAUCUGCUUUACACAGUCAUACAAAACACAAUCACAGUAAGUAGAUCAUUCAUAGAUCCAGCACUUUCAGAUCUGAGAUUCAGGUCAACUCAAGGAUGGAGUUCCUCUCCAAAGAACAAUGUCAAAAAGGUUUAUUCUUGUAUAU